AUGCGUACCAUCGAGGUCUGCAGUGCCCGCGUCUGUCAGAGCUCAGCCCACCCGGGUUCUGGAUCUUCAUGGGCUCGACACCUGGGGUGCAGCGGGCGGCAAGAUUCGUCUCAAGGACACCCGGAUCAGCAACCCUACAUUGUAGUCUGGCAAGAGUUGGUGGAGAACCCCCCACCCUGGGUAAAGCCCUGGGUACAAAAGAAAAUGGGCCCUCGAAUUUUAACUGCCCAGACUCAACCUCAGAAAAAGGAAAAAGAAACUACCAAAGUUUACCCCGAUACUCAAGAUUUGCUUAUGGUUGAUGAUCCCCCUCCCCCUCCUUACCCGCCAGCCCCGGCACUCCUGGCGCCCCCAGCCCCGGCACUCCCGGUGGCCCCAGCCCCAGCACCCUCAGUCCCUGAUGCUGAGGCAGUGGGGCCGGCUCCAGGACCUGCCCAGGGAACUCGGCGCCGCCGAGGGGCCACCUUGGACCCACCGGGCCCCCUUUCUAGUAAAAAGUCUUGGGUGUUCGGGGCCACGGGUCAGAGACAAUAUGCAUGGACUACCCAAAGAACAGUGGACUUAGGAGUGGGACAAGUAAACCACUCAUUCCUUGUUAUACCGGAAUGCCCUACACCCUUGUUAGGAAGAGACAUCUUGACCAAAGUCGGGGCCCAAAUAUCCUUUCAGGCUGAAGAUACCCGAGUGACUGAUAGAGAGAAGAAACCUUUGGGCCUAAGUAUUCUGUCCAUAAGAUUAGAAGACGAGUACCGCCUUUUUAAGGAACCAGAACCCUCCCGAGUUAAUCAAAGGUGGCUCAACUAGUUUUCAGGGGCCUGGGCGGAGACGGCAGGUAUGGGGCUUGCUGUAAAUCAGCCCCCAGUGGUCAUAGAAUUGAAAGCCUCAGCCUCACCAGUAACUGUGAGACAAUAUCCAAUGAGUAAAGAAGCCAGAGAUGGAAUUAGGCCCCAUAUCCAGAGGCUCAUAGAGCAGGGGAUAUUAGUAAAAUGUAAAUCCCCAUGGAACACUCCCUUGCUGCCUGUAAAGAAAGCGGGAACAGGAGAUUAUCGACCAGUGCAAGAUUUAAGAGAAGUUAAUAAGAGAACACAGGACAUUCAUCCCACUGUGCCGAAUCCUUAUAACCUGCUAAGCUCUCUGGCCCCAGAAAACACUUGGUAUACAGUCUUAGAUUUAAAAGACGCCUUCUUUUGUUUGCGCCUGCACCAGAGUAGCCAACCGCUGUUUGCUUUUGAGUGGAAGGACCCCUCCACAGGAACUACUGGACAAUUGACCUGGACUCGCUUGCCACAAGGAUUCAAGAAUUCACCUACCCUCUUCGACGAGGCUUUACACCAGGACUUGGCCUUUUACCGAGCCUCCAACCCACAGGUAACCUUGUUACAAUAUGUUGAUGACUUGCUGAUAGCCGCCCCUACACAAGAAGUCUGCCAAGAGGCCACUGAAGCCCUUUUGACUGAACUUGCUAAGCUGGGGUAUAGAGCAUCUGCCAAAAAGGCACAGAUCUGCCAACAACAAGUGACUUAUUUAGGGUAUUCCCUGAGAGAAGGGAAAAGGUGGCUUACUGAAGCCCGGAAGCAGACUGUGACGCAGAUCCCGAUUCCUACUACUCCGCGCCAAGUCCGCGAAUUUCUGGGAACAGCAGGGUUCUGUAGAUUAUGGAUACCCAGAUAUGCCACCUUAGCCGCCCCCCUGUACCCCCUAACCAAAGGGGCAGCCCCGUUUGUUUGGGGACCUGAACAGCAACAGGCCUUUGAUGAGAUCAAGAAGGCCCUCCUGUCGGCACCUGCUCUGGCCUUGCUGGACGUGACUAAGCCGUUCGUCCUUUUUGUGGAUGAACGGGGUGGAGUGGCUCGGGGAGUGCUGACCCAGCAAUGGGGACCUUGGAAGAGACCUGUCGCCUAUUUGUCAAAAAAAUUAGACCCAGUAAGUAGCGGAUGGCCUGCCUGUUUGAGAGUAGUGGCGGCCGUGGCCCUCCUAGUUAAAGAUUCUGACAAACUGACACUGGGACAGAAACUUACUGUGGUUGCUCCGCAUGCGUUGGAGAGUGUAAUUCGGCAGCCACCCAAGAGAUGGAUGUCGAAUGCCAGAAUGACUCACUACCAAACCUUACUCCUGAAUCGUGAUCGUGUGGAGUUUGCCCCCCCUGCCAUUCUAAACCCGGCCACUCUGCUUCCCGAUUCGGGGAAGGAAGUGCUUCAUACCUGCCAGGAAAUCCUGGCUGAGGAGACAGGCACCCGCCAGGACUUGCAAGAUCAGCCCUUAGGAGGACCGGGACUCCUGACUUGGUAUACGGACGGGAGCAGUUACAUCAUGGAUGGUAAGAGAAUGGCUGGAGCUGCAGUAGUAGAUGAUGACCGGAUUAUAUGGGCCAGUGGACUCCCAAUGGGCACCUCUGCACAGCGAGCAGAACUCAUCGCCCUGACUCAGGCCCUAAGGAUGGCAGAAGUAAACGUGAGCAAAAAUCAAGCAAUAUCUGGAAAAAGACUUCGAGGAGAUCGCCCAGGAGCUUAUUGGGAAGUUGACUUCACUGAAAUUAAGCCUGCUAAGUAUGGAUAUAAGUACCUUCUAGUUUUCCUAGACACAUUUUCAGGAUGGACAGAGGCGUUCUCCACAAAAACUGAGACAGCCCAGACGGUGUCUAAAAAGAUCCUUGAAGAGAUAUUUCCCAGAUUUGGGAUCCCAAAGGUAAUCGGCUCCGACAACGGCCCUGCCUUUGUUGCCCAGGUUACGAGCCUUGGAGGCUGUGCAGAAAGAGGUGUGGGCCUCCAUCAAGGAAGCCUAUCGGCCAGAGGACCUCUCAGUGCCUCACCAGUUCCAGGUGGGAGACCCCGUCUACGUGAGAAGGCACCGGACAGGAAACCUCGAGCCACGGUGGAAGGGACCUUUCAUCGUCCUCCUGACUACUCCCACAGCUGUGAAAGUGGACGGCGUCUCUUCCUGGAUACACGCUUCAAAUCUAAAGAAGGCACCCCCGUCUGACUCGGACUGGUGAGUAACUCGGACUGA